ACCCGGGGACCGACCGAUGGACGGACCGACCGACCAACAGGCCGCCGCCAUGGCCCACAAGCAGAUCUACUACUCCGACAAGUACUUUGACGAGCAGUACGAGUACCGGCAUGUGAUGCUGCCAAGAGAACUCUUAAAACAAGUGCCAAAAACCCAUCUAAUGUCUGAAGAGGAGUGGAGAAGACUUGGUGUUCAGCAGAGUCUUGGAUGGGUUCAUUAUAUGAUCCACGAGCCAGAGCCACACAUUCUUCUCUUUAGAAGACCUCUUCCAAAGGAUGAGCAGAAAUGAACUACUGUCUAGAAAUGGUCUCCUAAAUCUUCUGGAACUUUAUGUAUAUGAGUGUAUAUAUGUUGGUAGUAUUCAGUGAAUACUUGAAAAUGUACAAACAUACAUCUGUACCUGUGCAUGAGCUGUAUUAUUCACAGCAACAAAGCUCAGUCAAAUGCAAUUCCAAGUAGGCUGCUAUCUGUUCAAAGAGUAAUGAAAUUAUCUUCUUUACUGUUGAUGUAUCUUACUUUGCAUUGAAUUUUCUUUAAUAAAGUUUACCUACUGCAUGUUCUGACUAGAUGAUCUCUUGUUACCUGUGUUCUGUAACUUUUGCACUCAGCUUCUCUGUUGCUGUGUUGCAUGCUCAAAUCCAAGGGUGCAACUGUUCAGUAGUGGACAAAAAGAAAGAAAACUUUUUAAUGAUCCAU